AGCAAAAAAGAAGCCCAAUUUCUACUGUAAUUUCACUUCUCCUUCGUCUUCUCGUCGCUAGGGUUUUUCUUUAAUUCAGAUUUCAAUUAGGGUUUGUUGUAUCGAUUUCAAUCAACCUUUUCAUCUUAUCAAACAUGCAGCAUCAAAAACCCUAUAAAAUUCUCUCUUUUUUCGUUGCCCUAAUCGUGAGAUGAGUUUUUGAUGACCAAUCGACGAUGGAUCCGAACGCUGUGGUGUUGGAAAUAAGCUCCGAUGAAGAGGUUGGUUGGGAAGGUCACGAUGGCAGAGGAAUUUCAAUCACUGAUGGUGGUGACGAUCAUAAUUGGAUAGCAGAGCUUCUGGAUGAGGUUAAUAGAGACGAUUGCGGUUAUUAUGAUGGAGCUGAUGAUUCCGAUGAAGUGGUGUUAGUGAGUGAGGUUUUGCCGUCGAAAAAACCAAGGAAGAAAUUGACAUCGAAGUCUUCUUCUUUAAUUGACUUAGACGACGACUGUGUGAUUCUCGAUCAUGACCCGGAUAAGUCUUUGGGGACUCCGAAUGAUACUCCGAUCGCCGGCGCCGGCGACGAGGAUGAUGAUGAUUCCGAUGAUCUGCUUGUUGUUAGCGAAAAGGGGCAGGUUGCGUGUCGAGAUUAUCCCCAUCCAAGACACCUUUGUAUCAAGUUCCCUUUCUCCUCUUCUCCAAACCAAACUCACUGCCAUCAGUGCUACUGUUAUGUUUGUGACUCGCUUGCUCCUUGCAUCUAUUGGGGCAGUGGCAGUUCUGUUCUCGACCAUUGUCUUGCCACUGAUAAAGACGAUUUUUGGAAACUCGAGAGACAAAAUUCCAAGAAAGAAAGUAAACUUGUCCAAUCCGUUCUUGAACUUGCUGACCCAAGUCGGUUGCCCCCUAUAAACCUGCCCCCACCAGCAUCUGAUCUUUUUCCAACUCAAUCUGCAGCCCAGAGUCAGGUUACUAGGCCAAGUCCUAUGCGGGCAUCCCCCAAUCCGCCCAACUUUGGAGUCCCAGAUGUCGUUAUCGAAAACAGAAGCCCGUUUUUGUUAUCCAGGAACAAGUAUCAACCGGGUUUAGUAUCUCAACAGUUGAUAAAAACAACUAGUUUUACGAAUCCAAGAGAUAGGGGGCAACCUAAUUAUAAUCUAGCUAUUCCGUUUCAUGGACCCGUGUUUAAACGAAGAGGAUCGGCUGCAGUUCCGCCAGCAGGAAACCGACAUUCUUAUAGCUCGUACAGGGAUCGUUACAGAAACUCCCAUCCACCAAGCGGCGGAAACCCCUGCAGGCAACAGGACCAUUGUGUGAAUGAAAUGGUUUCGGGGCCAAAUAUUGUCAACACUAGUGGUUCGUUUUCUCCACUGAAUCUUGGAUUGUCAACCACAAACUCCGAACAACUGCCGGAAUUCCCCCAUCAUCAGCCAAGUUCAAACACCACCCAGUUUGAGUUCUCACCAAGUUUUCAACCAGAAGUAAAUUCGGACGUAUAUAUCGAAAACCCAGUUGGUUUUCAACCCCAUCUGGUGACUUGUCAACCUCAAGGGCAAUCUUUUCUACCAAAUUAUGCAAUUCCUUGUGAAGCUCCAAUACAUGGGCCCUCGAUUCCGAUUUUGGUUUAUACCAAGCAAGGAAAUGAAGCUCAAAGGCAAAAUAUCGAUCCAGGAUUCUUUCAGGGGAUCAGCUGGCCGUUAGGCCAAAGUGGUGGCCGGAGCUCCGUAGUUGAAGGCACGACGGCAACAAACGUGCCAAGCGUUCCUGGAGGAUUGGUUGAUUACGAGUAUGAUAAUUGGGGUUACAAUUGUGAAGCAGGGGCGAUGGAGUUUCCUGGAGCGUUGGAGUCGGGUUUCGUAGAGACAGCAGAGAAUGGAAGGCGAAAUUGGUGUUGAAAUCCAAAAGAGGAAGAGGUGCGUUUUUAUUAUACAUAAUGUGUAUAGGCUUUACUCGUAUGUGGUAUGUAGUUUGAAAUAGGAAUCUGAAU